AAGCCACUUAGAACAGCUUAUAAUAAGUGUCGUCCUAGUGUGUGUACCUCAGACUGUCACAGGAGAAAAUAUGAAUAUGGUUUCUGGAUUUGCCGUCUGAGCUCAUCUUCACUGUGAGUUGACAAUAACAUGAAACAGAAUUUAUUUCAUCUGGCAUCCAGUAUGGAGAGUUGCUUAACAGAUUUAACAAAUUAAUUUCACACUGGAGACAGCCACCAUAAGACCAUUACAAAAGACUGAUCAUUGUUAAAUAAGGCAGUAUUGUGAAUAAACCAACUUCCAGAGGAUUUGUGAAGAAGGGUCACGACUGGGAAUAUAUACAGCAAACAGUCACCAGCUUUAGAAGGUGGUGAAAAAGAAAGACAUUGAAGGACCAGCAGACCAUGGGAUGUGGUAGUUCUAGAGUUAAUACUAAUUCGAUGAAGAGAUCAGUGAAAGAAUAUCACUGCACAGCUGGGACAGCCAUCAAGGCUGCCAUUCUCAUUCAGAGGUGGUAUCGUCAAUAUGUUGCCCGGUUGGAAGUUCGCAGACGGUGCACGUGGACUAUUUUUCAAUCAAUUGAGUAUGCAGGAGAGCAGGAUCAAAUCAAGCUGCAUGACUUUUUCAGUUAUUCGAUGGACCACUUUACUCCAGCUUCUGGCAAUGAACAAGAUCAUAUUUCCCAAAUUUUUACUCAGCCAAAUAAGUCAUGUAAGGAUGCAGAACAGGAUAAUCAAUGCAUCUACAGUAAUAUUGAGAUUUCAGGCUCUUACACUGGACCCCAUCUCUGUUUCCCGCUCACCCCUGCACAUGUAACUGCCUUACUGGAAGCUUUCAAAAAUGAACAACAGCUACAUGCUCACUAUGUAUUAGAGCUUCUCAAUGAAACCAGGAAGCAUUUGGAGCAUUUGCCAAAUAUCAACCACCUUUCUACCUCCUACAGCAAAGAAAUUACGAUAUGCGGUGAUUUACAUGGAAAUUUGGAUGACUUAUUUUUAAUAUUUUAUAAGAACGGACUGCCAUCACCAGAAAAGGUGUAUGUCUUUAACGGAGACUAUGUUGACAGAGGGAAACAUUCCAUUGAGAUUCUGCUAAUUCUGUUUGCAUUUCAACUUGCUUAUCCAAAAACAAUCUAUCUAAACAGAGGAAACCAUGAAGAUCAUGUCAUCAACUUAAGAUAUGGGUUCACAAAGGAAGUAAUGCAGAAAUAUCAGGUGCAUGGCAGUAGAAUACUGAAAUUAAUACAGAGUGUUUUCAGUUGGUUGCCAUUAGCUACAAUUAUAGACGAAAAAGUAUUGAUUUUACAUGGAGGUAUUUCAGAAGCAACAGAUUUGGAUUUCCUGAGCAAGAUUGACAGACACAAGUAUGUUUCAGCCUUGAGGCCACACAAAAGGAAAAGGAAUGAAUGGAGCAAGCAAGUGUCAGAUCAGAAACAAUACUUCAAUGGGGGUAAUGAGCAAUGUAUGAACAAAUCUGAUCAAACUCCAAGGAAGAAUUUGUUAUCCGGCAUCUUUAACCUUCAUUCUCAUACGUACAAGAAUCAGAGGGGGCAGAGUUCUGGCACAACAUGUGUAAAGGAAAAGGAAAUCUCUCGAAGAGUAAGGUGUUCAGUUGAGGAGGAACUAGACAAAUGUCGUAGAAAAGUGGGAUUCAGUAACACGUAUGAAGAAUCUAAAACAUCACAGCCCAUGUUAGAUUCAGAUACUCAAGAAAUCCUUGACUUCGAUAAGCAUGAAUGGAAACAGAUUGUGGACAUCUUGUGGAGUGACCCAAUGCAUCAGGAAGGUUGUAUCCCAAACAAAGUCAGAGGAGGUGGAUGCUACUUUGGACCUGAUGUGACUGAAAAGAUUCUACAGAAACACAAAUUACAGCUCUUGAUCAGGUCCCAUCAGUGUAAACAGGAAGGCUACGAGUUCUGCCACAAUGAAAAGGUCCUGACCAUAUUUUCUGCUUCUAAUUAUUAUGAAAUUGGCAGUAACAAAGGAGCUUAUGUGAAACUUGGCCCUGACCUUGUUCCUCAUUUUGUACAGUAUCAAGUUAGCCAAAGUACUCGGAAACUAACCCUGAGACAAAGAGUGAGUAGAGUUGAGAGAUCAGCAUUAGGAGCUCUGCGGAAGAAGAUUUUUGCUCAUAAAUCAGACCUCAUCAGUGCAUUUGAGCAUUAUGAUAAGAAUAAAACAGGUAAAAUAUCACUGAAUGACUGGGCAGGUGCCUUGGAGGCAACUUUAGCUUUGGGACUGCCAUGGCGUGUUUUGCGAUCGCAACUUGUGCCCAGUGCUCCGAAUGGACUUCUGAAUUUUUACUUAUGGUUCGAUGAUCUUGCCAAAGAGAAACCCAUUGCACAGUAUGUCCAACCUAGUUUGCUGGAAAUGCUUUACAGAAGCAGGUCUGACCUGGAAACCAUUUUCAGAAUUAUUGACAGUGACAACUCUGGUCUGAUAACGUUCGAGGAAUUGCAAAAAGCUUGUGAACUCCUCAGUUCUCACCUUAACAUUGAUGUUAGUGAUAAAGCCAUUGGUGACCUGGCUCGCAGUAUGGACUUCAACAAGGAUGGAAGUAUAGACAUUAACGAGUUCCUUGAGGCUUUCCGUCUGGUUGACAGCUCAAGUUACUAAGCUGGAGAAGCUAAUUUGCUGCUAAUUUCCCCUUGGGUUUGGUGAAUUAAGCAAGGAAUUAAAAAGGAAGAUGUCAAGUUGAUAUGAUAUAAAACAGGAUUGUUAGAAAAGAAAGCAUGCUUUGUUUAAUUUUAAAAUGGUCAUUUCUGGAUUAAAAUGGCCACUGCAGAUGAUUUGCAAGUUGGCUACAGCUCUGGAAACUUCCAGCAGUAAUUACAAGGACAAAGCAAAACCAAUCAUCUUGGUGCAACUUCUCAACUAGAAAUUGCAUGGACAGUGAAACACAGCAGUAGACAUGCUGCCUACUGAACUUGAACUGAUAGUAAUGGAGAUGUAUCAUGCUCAUCAUUGCUAAGCUGGUGGCAGUGGUUACCAUUUAACUCAAAUGGUCAAUGGAUUUUGAUAGAUAAACACUAACUGGUCUUAAAUGACAAAACAAUGGACAAUGUCACAUGACCAAAUCACAUCUGCCUUUUUGAACAGUUUUAAUUUCUGAACCCUUGACAAUCUGCUUUAACAUCAGAACAGUGAACAGCACUCAGGGCCAACAGCUAAGCCUGCCUCAAGAACAAGUCUCAAUGAAACUUUGUUCUGGAAAGAAUCUUGUAUUCACCAAAAAUAAACUACAUUCCAACCAAUAAGAAUCAUUUUGCUGUGUCAAUAAAUUCUGCAACUCUUGUGGUUCACCCAUCUUGAUUCACCUCAACUUUACUUCUUUGAGUAAAGGAACUCUAAUUGACCUUUGAAUCGCAUGAAUUAAGUGUCCUCACUGUUGGUUUUAAUAUUACAGCUGCAAAACUCUUCUUUCCUGUUGCUUGUGUGUGUUCAUAAGUGCAUAUAUGAGAGAGAAUGCCAAAGAUCACAGCAGGUUUAAAAACUAUUUAAGCAUGACACAUACAAUUCUUUAAAUGUGAGUGUUUACUGCCAAGAUACCUUUUCAAAAAUUGACAAGUGGGCUGGAAAACAGACUAUAUUUGAAGUUAAACCACUCUGCUAAAGACAAAGUGAGGACAAUAAACUAGUUUAAUUUGCUUCCCUACAUGUCUCUUAUAAAGUUACUAUCAGUCAUUUUAUGAUGACGACUGAUGGGUUUAUGUAACACAACACAAAUAUACUUCAUCAAAAACAGAUGUUCUGUACUUUGAACUCACUGCGCAAAAUAGUUUUGAUUUUCUGGCAAAUUUAGUUGUACAUUUACUGUUAGAAAUACAAUCAUUACACAUCAUGAAAUGUUUGGAUGAACGGGUCAGUAAUCAUUUGCAUAUUAUGUACUGAACAGCUUCUUUUAUUAAAAAAGACAUCAUGACGAGUUUCAGUGCCAAAAAUAUACAUUUCUUGGGUCAUGUUUUGGUGGCUGCUAUUGACAAAAGAAUAUUCCAAUACAGCUCAAACACAUCUCAUUUCAAGAAUGAAGAAAUGGCAUCUCACACAAGCACGGUAAUAAUGUAUAAUGAUUCGAGAAGCAGGACCUGAGAGGUAAUGCAUUUUGGCAGGAAGAAUAGAACAGCUGAAUCUUACUUAAAAUGGAGAAAGAUUACAGAACAGAGGGAUUAGGAAGUCUGGGCCCAUGAAUUGCAAAAGUUACCAUUCACAUUAAUCAGGUAGUAGGAAAGGCAAAUGGACUAUUAGCCUUUGUUUCAAAGGGAAUGGAGUUUAAAAGUACAGUAGGGAGGUUUUGCUAA